AUGGAAGUGGCAUCAGUGUUACUUCCAUCUCUCGAAGGCCUAACCCAAACUGAAGUCAGAUCAAUGAUUUAUACUCAUAUACUUCGAUUCACCCGGUCUAUUCCACCAUCGGAAGAUGAACGUAAUAUCGUGGCAGUGGUGGACGCAACAAACAACUCAAUCUCUUUCCUCGAAGAUCAUCCUAUCAAUGCUGAACCUAUUUUGGAAGGGCAAUUACCUGCAUCAAUCGCUUCCAUUAAAGCAAUACCGAUGGUUAAGGUUUUAGGUGAAGGGAUUAAUUGCUCUAUUUGUUUGUCCAAUUUUGAAAUUGGCGAGGAAGCUAAGGAGAUGCACUGUAAACAUCAUUUUCAUUCGAUUUGUAUUGACAAGUGGUUGGGGAUCAAUGGAUCGUGUCCGAUUUGUAGGUAUAAGAUGCCAGUGGACGAACAAUGUGAGGAGAAAGAUGAAGAUGAAAUAGGUGAUGAUGGUGGCAGUGAUAUGGAGGAAGAUAGAGUGAUGUUUAUUUUUAAUGUUUCCAUUAUAGCAGAAACUACACAUCUAGAAGUAUCGAUAACAGAAAUGAAUAGACUUUCCGAUGAUAGGUUGAUAGAAGUUGGAGUGCAUAGACAUUCCGAUGUAUUCGAAGCUGGAGAUGGCGAUGGGUCUGAAACUGGAAAUGGUGAUGUAUCUGAAGUUUCUGGAAAUGGCGAUGUAUCCGAAGCUAGAAAUAGUGAUGUAUUCGAAGCUAGAAAUGGCGAUGAAUUCGAAGCUAGAGAUGACGAUGUAUCUGAAGCUAGAGAUGGUGAUGAAUCCGAAGCCAGAGAUGACGAUGUAUCAGAAACUAGAGAUGGCGAUGUAUCCGAAGAUAGAGAUGGAGGAGAUGGCAAUAAAGCUCAAGAUAUGGUCAUUGAUAACAAUUAA